AAGUUGGAGUUAUUGUUGUUGGAGUUGGUGGAGUGGCUAGCUGGUUGCUAGUAAGUCGCGUGUGCUAAUUUUUUUACGUGAGUAAUAUGUAUGUUGUCCAGUAUUUAAAGGACUACAUAGUAGACGUUGUGUAUGAACGCCAGACAAUUUUGAAUGGGUUUUGUCACAGUCGGUUGGACUUUGCAAAUCUAUUCUGUUUUGCCAGUUAGGUAAUGUUAGCUAACGUAACUUCCGAUUUUUGCUUUCGCGGGUCAGUACAACAACAGACAUAUGACAGCUUGCUAAAGUUGCAUGCAGAUGUUUGGCAAGUGUCACACUUUCUCAAGAUGCUGCAUUCAAACGUGUAUGUGAUGCAUUUAAGUUUGCAGUGUGCCUAUGCUUUCAUUUAGCUAUCGAGCUAGAGCAGGGGUGUAUUCACUAGGAACGAAACGGAGAGGGACCUACCUGGAUGUGUCCAAUAUAACAUAUUGAUUUCGCUGUAGAAAGUUGUCCGAUGCAAAACGUUUUGGAAUAAUGAUUACACCCCAGAUAGAGUAGCGUUGUUUUUGUUUGCGCAUGGUCACUGUGAACUUGAAUCUAUUGUGCAUGACAGUGCCAGGCUGCCUGCAUCAUGUCACUGCUUAGCCUUGUGGAUGAAGCCAUCAAGUUGUGCAAAGUAGAGGAGACCAAGAUAAACGAGAACAUCCUUCAAUACAGGGAGAUACUGCGUUCUUUGAGACCACAGCAGGAAGACUGCAAGGAAAUAGGACUGACAAAUGAUGUUGAAAAUGACCCAGAUGUCCAACUGGAGGAGAGACGGGAGAUGGAGCUGCUGAAUCGAUUGCUGGAGAAGGCCCUCAGAGUUCGCGUUGGCACAGCACCCCAAGAAGACCCUCAGAACUGUACAGGACCAAAGAAAGAACCAGUGGACACUACACAGGGCAAGGGAAGGGCUCUGACCCCAGGUGGCACCAAAGGGAAUAAAAAUGGCAUUAAAACUACCUCCAAACCCAUCACGAUGGACAAAAAAGAGUCCAAAAAGUAUUCUGCGUCCCAUCUCUACAGGGGUGGAAGGGGGAGGAUGGGUCAUCCGGUAGGUCAUUCAGGACAAGGCAGGGCAAGCAUGAUCAGAAGCUCUGUCCAGAUCCAGAAACGAUCUGUCGUGUCAUCAAAGGAGUUUCCACCCCAGUCCUCUGGGAAGGCAGUGAAGCAGGCUGGUCCUCCGGUCCUUUGUCACAUGAUCAGGGUCAAUCACCACAAGCUUCAUCAGCACAUCAUCAGGUUGAGGUGUCACACAGGUGGUUGUCAGCUGCAGCCACUUCCUUCCAGCCCCCUAACGGGGACACGGUGUCUGUUUCACACAUGGAGGGGAUGCCAAAAGCACAUGUAAUUUCACCUCCACAGAAUGGGGCUCCCACACAGUUGUUAACUAAGUGGAUCAGUCUAAGGACCAAACAAAGCAGGUUAUGGGACAAAGUCCUGGCACUACAAUCCAAACCUGUGGCGGAGAGGAGUCACUUCACGGAGAGAGUGAAAGCCACUUUCCCCAGAGAGUGGCCAACCAGUGGCAGCCCGGCCGACACCGGGGCUCAGGUGGACAGACUGACACAGCUUUGCACGGAUCUGAGUCAUUGCUACCAGAGUGAGCGGCUUCUGUUGCUGGCUGGCCAGACCUUCAGAACCUCUGGCACUGAGCCAGGUACCAGCCCAGCCAGAGGAGAUGCAGAAGGGGGGAUGGAAGGAGUGAUAACAACAUGCCAGAAGAGGGAAUAUGAGUCCUUGCUGAUGCUGGAAGGCCUGGAGAAGAUGGUGGCAGACCUCCAGAAACAUGCUGGGCAGCUGAGAAAAGAGCAGGAGGCAUGGGAUCGAUGGGGGAGGCUGAAGGGGGAAGGAGCAGGCGCGUUCUGCCCCGUCAGGAGUAAGGGCGAGUGGGGUGACCUGAGUGGGGUGACCCCCUUGCCCCCCACCCUGACCUACACCAGCCAGGCAGAGCUCCAGGAGGUGGAAAGGCUGAGGUUGCGAGUAGAGCUGCUACAGCAGGAGGUGCACCUGCAUCAGGCUCUCUCUGACACCAUGGUCAUGCCCUCCGCUCCUGGACUACCCAACCCCGCCGCGCUCCGUGACAUUUACUCCCUGCUUGGAGAGGGAGGGGUGAUGUUUCCUACUCUGGUUCUGGACACAGAACCUGACUAAAGGAACAGGUCAAAUGAACUGAACAGGCCAAAUCACCUGGGUCAUGUUUAUUAGGGCACACAAUGCAGCAGAAAACAAAAAGGAAAGUUUCUAAUUGGCCAAGGCCAGGUAGCCCCUCCUGUCUCAUUCGGUGUUCUUCCAUUUGGUGCCUAAUGAACACGACCAACAAAGACUAUUGAAGAAUAGACCAAUGAAUGGAAUGUUUGAUAGUGAUAUGUUUAAUGGUGAUAAUAGGUCUCUGAAACCUCUCCUUUUAAUAAAACAGAAUGAGUCCUUCAAAGAGUUACCCCCAAACACUCACACACACACAAUCUCUCUCCCUCUCACACACACACUCUCCCUCGCAUACACAAACAUUUGUAUAGUCAAAGUUGUAUAGUCAAAGUUACUUUCUUUUAUACAGGACACUGAGAACAGAGGAAGAAGAAUGGAGAAUCUUCUGAAAAGAGGGAUUUUUGUGUGUUGGGAAUGUCAAUCUGUGUAUUUGGAGGGAUUGAGCAUUUUGGUUUUACAUGGUUCCUUUUUAUAUAUUGUAAGACUCUUAUAAUUAUAUUAUUGAAAUUGAUGGAUAUUGAAAAAGUUACUUUGCAUUUUUCAUUCGGUAGUCUAUAUCUACAAAUGUGUAAUAAUUUUAGUUGAAUAAUUUAAGUAAAAAUGUUGUAGGUCAACUAAUCACUGACAGAUGCUGUGAUUUUAUAUUUGUCAGCAGGUGGCGCUAUACCCAUGACGCACCUUUCAAAUCAAAAAGAGCCUACUUGCGGUACAUUAGUACUUGUUAUACAGACUACAUACAGUACAUUAGUACUUGUUAUACAGACUACAUACAGUACAUUAGUACUUGUUAUACAGACUACAUACAGUACAUUAGUACUUGUUAUACAGACUACAUACAGUACAUUAGUACUUGUUAUACAGACUACAUACAGUACAUUAGUACUUGUUAUACAGACUACAUACAGUACAUUAGUACGUGUUAUACAGACUUCAUACAGUACAUUAGUACUUGUUAUACAGACUACAUACAGUGCAUUAGUGCUUGCUAUACAGACUUCACACAGUACAUUAGUACUUGUUAUACAGACUACAUACAGUACAUUAGUACUUGUUAUACAGACUACAUACAGUACAUUAGUACUUGUUAUACAGACUACAUACAGUGCAUUAGUACUUGUUAUACAGACUUCAUACAGUACAUUAGUACUUGUUAUACAGACUACAUUCCCUCUUAUCUAAUGCAUGUUAAGUUUUAAUUUUAAAUAUCAAGUACACCAUUUUUUUCCCCCCGAAAUGAAUACUGUGGUUAAUACAACGGGGAGCACUGUGGCUAAUACAACGGGAAGCACUGUGGCUAAUACAACGGGAAGCACUGUGGCUAAUACAACGGGAAGCACUGUGGCUAAUACAACGGGAAGCACUGUGGCUAAUACAACGGGAAGCACUGUGGCUAAUACAACGGGAAGCACUGUGGCUAAUACAACGGGAAGCACUGUGGUUAAUACAACGGGAAGCACUGUGGCUAAUACAACGGGAAGCACUGUGGUUAAUACAACGGGAAGCACUGUGGCUAAUACAACGGGAAGCACUGUGGCUAAUACAACGGGAAGCACUGUGGCUAAUACAACGGGAAGCACUGUGGCUAAUACAACGGGAAGCACGGUGGUUAAUACAACGGGAAGCACUGUGGUUAAUACAACGGGAAGCACUGGUCUCUAUGUGCAGAGUUUGCUCUUA